UCCUCCCCCUCCACCUCCGGUAACCUCAAGCUCGAACCAAACCAUGGCUUGCAAGAACGCCUCCUCCUCGGCCAUGCCGCUCCUCCUCGUCGCCGGCACCGUCGUCCUCGCGCUGCUGGCGUCACCGGCGGCGGCCUUCAACAUCACCAGGAUCCUCGGCGAGUUCUCCGACUUCUCCACCUUCAACCACCUCCUCACGCAGACGAAGCUGGCGGACGAGAUCAACCGGCGGCAGACCAUCACGGUGCUCGCACUCGACAACGGCGCCGCGGGCGGCGUCUCCUCGCUCCCUUCCGACGAGCAGCGGAAGGUGCUCUCCGUCCACGUCGUCCUCGACUACUACGACACCGAAAAGCUCGGCGGCAUGAAGAUGAAGAACCGCUCCGCCGUGCUCACCACCCUCUUCCAGUCCUCCGGCCAGGCCACCGACCGCAUGGGCUUCCUCAACUACACCAAACGCUCCGACGGCAUCAUGGUGUUCGGCUCCGCCGAGCCCGGCGCGCAGGCCACGUCCCAGAUGGUCAAGGUCGUCGUCACCCGCCCCUACAACAUCUCCGUGCUGCAGGUCAACUCCCCCAUCGUGCCGCCCGGCAUCGCCUCCGUCAGCAACAGCAACACCGGCGCGCCACCGCCCCACCCGGCCAAGUCCAGCGCGCCGGCACCCUCGCCGUCCAAGUCCAAGGGGAAGAAGUCGGAUGCCCCGGCACCGGGCCCGUCCGACGACGUCGACGACGACACCGCCGCCGACGCGCCGGGACCGGCGGUGGAUGGCCCCACGGCGGACGGGCCGGCGGCGGACGGUCCUGCGGCGGAUGGUCCGACUGAGGCAGACGCGCCGGCGCACGACAAGGGCGACGUCGCAGACGCGCCGUCCGCCGCCGGCAGGGCGGUGGCCAGCAGCGCAGGCCUUGGCGUCGUUGCACUUGUGGUUCUCAUCUUCCCCUCAGUCUCACUCUGAUCAAUGCUAAAAUGGUGGAGGCCGAGAAAUCGGAAGAGUUUAUAAAUAGAAUGACCAUUAGGAAACGAUAUAGUCAGGGUUCACUCUAUCGGUUGAGACGUUUGUAUCGGGGGUCACCGAAAUUCCGAAAUUUCGAAAAUUUCGGUCCGAAAUUUGGAAAAUUUCGAGUAAAAUUUAGUUGAAUUUGAA